UUGUUUUAAAAAUGAAAUAAUUGUACUAAAACAGUAUACUCAUUGUUCUGAAAAUAUAUUGCAUUUGUUAAUAUCUUAAUUUUUAACAUGUUCAAUCCUGAAAAACUUGAAUAUUUUUGAGAGAGAAAUUGUUUGACUGCUUUUUGGCUUUGCUGCCACCAGAGUUGAUGGUACUUUCUUAAAUAAAGAUGUCAUUCCGAUUUUAGACAUGGAAAUAUAACUAUAGUCUGAGUGUUUCAACUUGCUUUCUAUUUUAGGUCCUAUUACUGCUGGAUUGUGCAAGAUAUUUAACCCUAUUUUCUUUGAGGUAUGACUUAAAUAUCAAAAGUCUUAAAUAAGAGAAGGGAAACAUUUUAGUUUUGGAAGUCAGAAUGCCAAGGAGAAGGAAAAAUCUUGGGGGAAAUCCUUUUCGGAAGACUACAAACUCUAAGGAAGUUGUAUCCAGUGUUGCUAGUCAUGAGGAGCCAACCACUACUCUUCCUUCCAUGUGUGAGACAAAAGUUGAUCAGGAAGAACUCUUCACCAGUAUCUCAGAGAUGUUUUCUGAUCUGGAUCCUGAUGUAGUGUAUUUGAUGCUUUCUGAAUGUGAUUUCAAAGUUGAAAAUGCCAUGGAUUGUCUAUUAGAAUUAUCAGCCACUGAUGCUAAAAUAGAAGAAUCGCCUUCAAAAAGCUUCGUUGCUUCUGAGAACCAAGUAGAUGCAGUGGGAUGUGAAAUAAUGGAAAAGUGUCCUCCUGAAGAAGAGAAUGAAGAUUCAAAAAUGGAUUCAUUUUUGGACAUGCAGCUAACUGAAGACUUAGAUUCCUUAAUACAGAAUGCUUUUGAGAAAUUGAACUCUUCUCCUGAUGACCAUGCAUACUCAUUUUUGACCUUGCAAGAUGUUAAUAAUCUUAGUAACCCGAGUGCAUUUAUAAAUUCAGAUUCAAGUAGUACGACUCCCAUUCUUUCUACCCAAAAUAUGGAUUUGAACAGUGAAAAUGUAGAGAGUUCUGCCUCUACAUUAAGUUCAAAUUCCUUAACUUCACAUUCACUUUCAAAUGAGUCCAAAAGUUUUACAAAGGAUAACACAUUGGCAUUGGAAGAUUCUCUUCUCAGUAGUUCUUUAAAUGUAGCAAAUGACACUACGAUGGAUUGUAGUAACCAAAUUCAGAAAGAGCUUUUAGAAUCUGUGUGUGUUGAGACUCAGUUCUCUCAAGCCCCUGUAGAUUUGGAUGCCAACGAACUUCAGGCGCCUUUAAACCUUACUGUGCAAAAUCUGGGGCUUGGUUUACUAGGUACAGGUGGAGAUCAGAAAUCUUCUGUCCCUGAUGUUUUUGUACCUUCUGAAGAAUUCAAUUUCCAGUCACACAAACAGACUGAACUGCCACCAAAGGGGAAGGAUGUGAACUACUGCCCAGUACUUACCCCUCUCCCUCUACUGCUGCCUCCUCCUCCCCCUCCACCAAUGUGGAAUCCAAUGAUUCCUGCUUUUGACCUCUUUCAAGGAAACCAUGGCUUUGUAGCUCCUGUUGUAACCACAGCUGCACACUGGAGACCUGUCAACUAUACAUUUCCACCGCCGGUUAUUUCUCAUACUUCCCCAACAAAGGUAUGGAGAAAUAAAGAGGGAACAAGUGCUUAUCAGGUACAAGAAACUCCAGCUUCUCAGGUUGUAAGAAAGAAGACAUCAUCUUAUGUUGGACUAGUUCUUGUUCUUCUCAGAGGGCUUCCGGGAUCAGGAAAAUCUUUUUUGGCAAGGACCUUGCAAGAGGAUAAUCCAAGUGGAGUCAUUCUUAGUACUGAUGAUUAUUUUUACAUAAAUGGACAAUACCAGUUUGAUGUAAAAUACUUAGGAGAAGCACAUGAAUGGAACCAGAAUCGUGCAAAAGAAGCAUUUGAGAAGAAGGUAUCUCCUAUAAUAAUAGAUAAUACAAAUCUACAGGCAUGGGAAAUGAAGCCAUAUGUUGCUUUGUCUCAAAAACAUAAAUAUAAAGUCCUUUUCCGGGAACCGGAUACCUGGUGGAAAUUCAAACCAAAGGAACUUGCAAGGCGUAAUAUUCAUGGGAUAAGCAAAGAAAAAAUAACAAGAAUGUUGGAACACUAUCAACGUUUUGUUUCAGUGCCCAUAAUCAUGAGUUCUUCAGUUCCAGAGAAAAUGGAACGUAUCGAGUUGUGUGCAUAUUCUUGUGACAGAAGUACUAGCCCAAGAGACAAUGAAGAUAUUGCCUCUGAAAAAGAAGAAAAUGUUUUAUCCUCGUCUCUGAAGCAUCCAGAGUUAAUUGAAGAGAAGAAACAUGAUGUGACCAAAGAAAAUUUGUUACCUGAGAAUGUUACAUGUCUCCCUAAUGCAGAUUUAAACAACGGAAAAAAAGAAACAAGUGGUAUGAAUCCUAACAUUCAGAGUGCUUUCAUUCACGAAGCUCCAGACAUUUAUUUUUCUGAUUCUGAAAGCAAAGAACGAGCAAUAGACAAACAUGAAAAAGAAGAGCCAGUAGAAAUGGCUCCUGAAAAAGAGUGUAGUAAAACCAAUGCAGAUAGUUUUGUAGAGAGAAUAUCACCAAGUAUUUGCUGUGGUGGAAAUAAUCAAGAAGACUGUGGUCUUUCAAAUACUGUACCACUUCAAAAUGAAAAAUCUUCAUCUAGUGAAACACUGGAAGAAAGAGCAGGAGUAAAGAAAAAAGCCUUUGGAAAACAAAAAAGCAAAUCAACUUCGGAAAAGUUCCCAAGACAAGAGCUGUCUUUUGUUGGUGACUGGCCAGUUGAUAAGUCUAUCGGUCAGAGGACAAAAAGGAACCGAAAAACUGAGAAAGCUUUAUCUAUACACAGUGACAAAAAGUAUAAUUGCCCUCAGUCACAUAAAGUAUUAGACAGUAGUUUAUCUGUGAGUAUAGAUUGUAUCCAGCCACGAGGAUCUCCACAUGAAAACGUAGAGGAUGACAGCAAGUCACAGUGUGAUGAUGCCUCAGAAUCUUUCAAUAGCUGUAAAUAUGGUACUUAUAAAAAUACUGAAAAAGACUCAUUUAACAUUGUGGGUGACUGGCCUUCAUCAGAUUCUUUAGCUCAGAGAGAGCACAGAUCAAGAAUGCCAAAGGCUGGCUUAAAUGAACCCAACCUAGAAUUUGGAACUAACAACAGUAUGAACGAAAUGUCCUUAUAUACAGCACGUGAGGCCUGUUGGGGCACAAGCCCUGAAGAACUAAAAACGUUGGGUAGUUCUUCUCGAGGAAGUUCUGAAAUGCUGCCCAAUGAAAUGACCUGUGAGAAUAAAACUUGUCCAAGUAAAAAGAUUCAUAGGCAACACACAUUGUCUCUUACUUUUACCAAUAGUGUGUCAACUGCUCCUGGAGGAGCGGGACCACAAACUUUAGCUGAAUUUCAAGAAGAAAAGACUAAAGAAGUCCCUGGAAUAGAAGUAGGCAAGUGUACUCAGACUGAACCACAGGAUUUUGCUCUCUUAUGGAAAAUAGAAAAGAAUAAAAUUAGUGUUUCAGAUUCUCUGAGAGUACUAACAGGAAGAUUAGAUGGAUUUAAACCGAAAGCUCUCAAUAUUAACACAAAAUUAGAUGUUCAAGAAACAAUUCCAUAUAGGGUAAUGUAUGACAAAAGCACAUAUGUUGAAGAAAGUGAGCUUACCAGUGCUGAUGAAUCUGAAAAUCUUAACAUUCUUUGUAAACUAUUUGGAUCGUUUUCAUUAGAAGCCCUAAAAGACCUAUAUGAGAGGUGUAACAAAGAUAUUAUUUGGGCCACGAGCCUUUUAUUGGAUUCUGAAACUAAAUUAUGUGAGGAUACUGAAUUUGAGAAUAUAGAAAAGUCAUAUGAUGAAACACAAAUUGGGCCAUUUUCUCUGGGACUGAAUUUGAAGGAAAUUAUUAGCCAAAGAGGAAGCUUAGAGGAGUCUAAUUCUUCUGUGCCAGAAUUUAGCCAUGGAAUUGGUAUCAGUAACACGAAUGCACAGUCCACCUGUAAUUCAGAAAAGGAAAGCUUAGAGCAGGCAGAAAUAAGAGCUGUAACUACUGAAAAACCUGGAUUAAUAACAGGUAUACUUCCUAAUGUAGAUCUCAAGAAUAAUAAUGAAGUACUUCCUAAUAGUCAGGCAGAACUUUCAGGUUUAUAUAAUGUUAAGCAGCUUUUUCCAGGCACUCUAAAAGCUACUACCACUAAAAAUGUGAGUGAAAUGGAGAAGAAUCCAGAAGUCACUGAGAUUGGAGACAGUAUAAAUUCUUCUUUGAAUUUGUCUGAUAUUUUAAAUUCUGUAUCGAGCACUUCGGAUCUUGAAUUACAUGAAGAAAUUUAUUUUACUGACUCUUUUGACAUAAAUAAAAGUGAAAAUCUUCCAAAGGAUUAUGUGAAAUUUCCAAACACAGAAGAAUUUAUGAAUGAAGAUGAACAGGAAGUGGAAAAAAUUCUAAUGGCAGGGAGUGCUUUGUCAGCUGAAGUUACUGAAGAAGAUAAAACUGAGACGUUGAAUCCCAUGCCAGUGAUGGCCAAAUCGCUGACCAUAGACUGUCUGGAAUUGGCAUUGCCCCCUGAACUGGCUUUUCAGCUCAAUGAAUUAUUUGGCCCUGUUGGUAUUGAUUCAGGGUCCCUAACAGUUGAGGACUGUGUGGUUCAUAUAGAUCUGAAUCUGGCUAAAGUGAUUCAUGAAAAAUGGAAAGAAUCUGUAAUGGAGCGACAAAGACAAGAAGAGGUAUCCUGUGGCAAAUUAAUGCAAGAUCCUUCCCUGGUUGGGCGUGUUGGUCUUGAUAAUCCAGAACAAAAAUCAUCUCAGAGAACGGGCAAAAAAUUACUGAAGACUUUAGCAGCACCUGAAAUGCAACCCUUAUUGGAUCAUUGGAACACUCAUACUAAAAAAGUAUCACUCAGAGAAAUAAUGUCAGAAGAAAUUGCCUUACAGGAAAAGCAUGAUUUGAGAAGGGAGCCGCUUAUAUUUGAAAAAGAUUGCGCCACUAAACUAAAGGAGAAACAGCUCUUUAAGAUAUUUCCAGCCAUUAACCAAAAUUUUCUGGUGGACAUUUUCAAGGACCACAACUAUUCGUUAGAACACACAGUGCAAUUUCUAAAUUGUGUUCUUGAAGGAGACCCUGUAAAAACAGUGGUAGCACAAGAGUUUGUUCACCAAAAUGAGAAUGUCACUUCUCAUACUGCACAGAAGUCUAAGGAGAAAAAGGCAAAGAAAUUGAAAGAGACUGAAGAUAUACCAAGUGAACCAUCUUUCCAGGAUUUUGAGUACCCAGAGUAUGAUGACUACAGGGCAGAGGCUUUCCUGCACCAGCAGAAGAGGAUGGAAUGCUAUAGCAAGGCAAAGGAAGCUUAUCGGAUGGGGAAGAAAAACGUUGCCACGUUUUAUGCCCAACAAGGUAGUCUCCAUGAGCAGAAGAUGAAAGAAGCCAAUCACCUUGCUGCUGUGGAGAUCUUUGAGAAAGUCAAUGCCUCCCUGCUGCCACAGAAUGUUUUAGACCUCCAUGGGCUGCAUGUGGAUGAGGCUAUAGAACAUUUGAUGACAGUUUUACAGGAGAAAACUGAAGAAUUUAAGCAGAAUGGUGGUAAGCCCUAUCUUUCUGUGAUUACGGGGAGAGGAAACCACAGCCAGGGAGGAGUUGCUCGCAUCAAACCAGCUGUCAUUAAAUACCUCACAAGCCAUAGCUUCAGGUUCUCUGAAAUUAAACCAGGGUGCUUGAAAGUCAUGCUAAAGUAAAAUAAAUGUCCUUGACUUAAAAGUGUGAAGGUUUGUAGGUUAAAAUUAGUUUUAUUUGCAGUAAUUUAGUCAACUGUACUGUAAAUGUGUUUUAUUAGAAGUAAUGUCCAGUUAUAAAACAGAAAAACACUAUGUUUUUCAAAAUUCAAGAGAAGUUUAAUUUUUUACUGAAUCACAUGCCAAAUAUGUAGUCUAUUAAAAGUAUUAAAGAGAAUUUUUACUGAUUACAAAAUAUCUAAGAAAAUUAUCAGCUGCAGUUUUAAAGAUUGAAAUGCUCUGAUUCUUUCUCAGACAGAAAAUGUAACCUUUAUAUUAAUUGUUGUUUGACGUUUAGUAAAGUCUUAAAGGUUUCUAUGAGAAGUAUUUAAAGUGCUUUGAGACCUGGUUCAUAAUACAAGCCCUUCAAAAGCUUGUAUUUAAAAAAGAAGUACUGGGCUUCCUUGGUGGCGCAGUGGUUGAGAAUCUGCCUGCCAGUGUGGGGGACACAGGUUUGAGCCCUGGUCUGGGAGGGUCCCACAUGCCGCGGAGCGUCCGGGCCCGUGGGCCACAACUACUGAGCCUGCGUGUCUGGAGCCUGUGCUCCACAACAGGAGAGACCGCGAUGGUGAGAGGCCCGCGCACCACGAUGAAGAGUGGCCCCCGCUUGCCGCAAUUGGAGGAAGCCCUCGCACAGAAACGAAGACCCAACGCAGCCAAAGGAAGGAAGACAUGCUGUUGCACUUCCUUCUGCUUUGUGAUCUCUUACCUUUUGUUCCUUUGUUCUGUGUGUGUACAUUUUCUAGGAAUAAAGUUGGAGUCUGAGAUUAUAUUGCAAUUUUAUACCUUCCAUAGGCAGGCAAGUUUUCAGAGAAGGAAAAAUGGUUAGAUAUCUGCCAAGUGCUGCUGUCUUAUAAAACUGCUUCUAGUCUUACAGAACUGUCUGUGUAAGUGGUAUUGAAGACAGUACUAAAGAGCUAUAUUUUAUAUUUGAGGCAUGUAAUUUCUAAACUACAGUAGGUCAAAAUCCUAUUAACUUAAAUAGAUAUAGAAAACUUUUUUGAUAUAAUCAUAAAAGAAAUUUUUACAAUUUAAAAGUUUUUUACCUUUAUUUUUAAAAAGAACCAACUUUCUGAAAGGAAACUUUCAUUGACUUCUGUUUUUUGGUGAGCUAAAAAGUCCUGUUAGUAUGUCAGUUAUAAUUUCCUUUACACACAAGUUUAGUGUGGCGAAGUAUAAUUUUCCAAUGUGAGACACUGGCUUAAAUAAAUUUGACUUUGGAUAUGAAGGAUAUUUUCAACAUACGUAAUUUUAGCAAACAAUUGUAUUGUUUUUUGAUAAGCUUAAAAAAUUAAUUGGAUCAGGAAUGAUACGAUUGAGCUAUUACUGAAAGAAUCCUGAAUUUCGGAAUGGUUUCCCAAAAGAACAGACAUUUUAAUGAAAAUAAAAUUCAAAAAAUGUUUUUAUAUAUCAUAAAAGCAUGCUUGUAAAAGAAGAGCCAUAUCAUUGAAUUUAUUUCCACAAAAAUAAAAAUAUAUGUUUAUUACUUAGAAAUAGUGACUGGUAUUGAAGUAUUAUUCACAUUUGUUAUGUUUGUGGUAAUUUGUUAAAAAAAAGAAAAGAAUGCCAACAGUUUGGCAUUAUGUUUUUUGUGAUGUCCAAAAGAAUUGUGUACAUUAAAAAUAAAGCAAUUCCUUUCAGCAACUUAUUAUAAAACUACAACUGUUAAUGAAAUAAAAUCUUUCUAUAUAUAAAUUGAUAUGAUUUAAGAAAUGUGAAUAACAAUACUAAAACCUAGAAUUAUUCUAGUGUGUGCAGCUGCAUACUCAUUUUCUGUGUUUUUAUAUUUCCUUACCCAGUUUUAAAAAAACAUCACUUUUGAGCACUUCAGCUAGACUUAUUUCAGUAUUAUUUAUUAUAAUUAUGAUUGAUGUGGGAGCAGUCAAAAAGAACAAGAGGUGGGGUAUUUUGUGGGCAGAAACCAAAUGAAAGAACCUAUGUUUUGUACUGUAUCAACUCUAAUUUUAUGCUUUAUUUGGUAAAUCUAGAGUAUUUCUUCUUAAUCAUCCAUAAAUAUAUAGGCAAAUUUUGAGCAUCAUAAAUGUUUUUAUGAAGUUGUUUAGUACCAAACUGCCUCCUACCCCACUAUGUAGCAUAGUUUAACCAACACAUAAUUAUGAAAGAAAAUUUUAUAAUUGCCCCUUUCUUGUUUUGCCUAUUUCUAAAUCCUGUAUGCCAAAGGUAAACAGAGUUUGAGGAUUAUCAAAUUUUUCUCUUUUACCCAUUUCUAAAUCCUGUGUGUCAAAACUAAUGAUAAUGUGGGGAUUAUCAAAGUUUUGAUGUAUGUAUUGGUAUAUUUGUGCUAAUAUAUGACUUACUAGAAUGGCUCUUUGCAAAGUCAUUAGUAUUUUAAAAGUAUAGGGCUUCCCUGGUGGCGCAGUGGUUGAGCGUUCGCCUGCCGAUUCAGGGGGCACGGGUUCGUGCCCCGGUCCGGGAAGAUCCCACAUGCCAUGGAGCGGCUGGGCCCGUGAGCCAUGGCCGCUGAGCCUGCACGUCCGGAGCCUGUGCUCCGCAACGGGAGAGGCCACAACAGUGAGAGGCCCGCGUACCGCAAAAAAAAAAAAAAAAAAAAAAAAAAAUUAUAACACUUCUAUAAUUUGCAAGAGUUUAGUAACAGUUAUAUUCUUUCAAUAGUCUCUUACCAGUAUCUACCAGGGGAAAAAGAGAACUAAUGUGGAAACCACAGGGAAAGUGGGGUUGGAAUGAGGGGACUCUUAACAGUAUUUCCAACUAUUCAUUUCCUUCCUUCAACAGGAGAAAUGGAAGCAUGUUGUCUUACAUUUAUUGGCUGUUCAUAUAUCUCUAUAUUGUUUUCAAGUUGAGGUUUCUUCAAUUUAUUAGUGUUUCAAUACUACUUGCAAUUCUAAGGCCUUUAAAUAUAGGACAUAUUGUAUAGUAGAAGUCCUGACUUUAAAGUGUCUUGUGUAUUAUAACACAUUUUGAAAAGAAAAGCUAAAUAAUUCUGUUGGAUUGUUUCCAAUCCUUUAUUUUGGUCUUUUUCUUUUUAAAUUCAAGUGUUUUGUAUGCUUAGAAAAAGGACAUGUAUAAAAGUAAGAUUGGUUUUUUCUGAGCUGGAAAUUGGAAACUUUGAAACUCAGGAAAUUGCUCUGACAAUGUUUUAACUGCUCUCAAUUUAAGAAAAUGACAAAAUGUAUAAAAAAGACAGAAAUAAUGUGUGCUGUUUUUUUCCAAGUGCUUUUUCUGAGUGCUUUUCCAUUGUGCAAUUGAGGUGAAGUUUGAUAAUUUUUCUGUGUAGUGGUUAAAUAUUGCUUAUUUUUAUUUACAUAGUAAAGAAAACAGAUUUAAAUGUUUGCGUGGCCAAAAAAAAUUGUCAUUUAAAAGGUGAAGUAAGUUUGUGUAGAAUGUAUGUUAAUGGUGCUUAUUUUUAAAUUGUAAUUCAAGUUUACAGUGUUACUUAAUGUCUCUUUGCAGAGUUUAUUAGAGAAAUAAGGCUAGAAUACAUCUACAUCCCGAAGAGCUUUUUAUAACUCCACAUUACAUGAUGAUGAAUUUUAUUAUUUUCCUUAAAGUUGAGCAAUUGAAUUUUAUGGUCCAAAUGAUGAACCCUGAUUAACAAAUGAUUGAAUUAACCAUGAGACUUCUCAUUAAAAUAUAUUGCAGCUGUCAGUUGGAGAAUAUAUUAUAAAAUUUUCAGAUAGUAUAUAAGAAACAAAAUACUUUUAUUUGUACUAUAAAGAAAAUGUAAUUUUGCUGUUAACGCUGUACUUUUUUAUUGAAAAUGUUUAUAACUUUGCUUUUAAAAUUUCUUAUGAAACGAUUUGCAAAUUAUGUACUUAA